AUGUCAAUACUGGUAUACAACGUCCUUCGAAGCAGAAAACCGGCCAAGCAGUUAGAAGAUGUGACUUCAAGCAAUUGUUCAAACACGGUCACAUAUGGGGCCGCAUCAACGACUUAUCCAGUAUUCGAGUACAAAAAGGCUAAAAAACCCGAUUCUCCCGACAAAAGGGAACAUCGAAGUCAUUCCGCACUAUACGAAUGUAUUGGGCCAAACGUAAAGUUUUCCUUCAUCAGCGCAUUCACCAACAAUCAAACAGUGUACAAUCAUUAUACAGCUCUAGUUUUUGGCAUUAGUUCGGUUUGUGCAGAGGCUGAGCUCACAAGUAUUCCCGGCACAUUACGAGAGCGCGACGGAUGGAAUUGGAAAAAGAGCCAUGUUGGAACCACUAUUUGGCACAACCUGGCGACCUUCGAACCUCUCCCACAAUGGGAAGUGGAUGUCGUGUGUGUUUUGUUACCCGUAAAAGAGAUUUCAAGUGAUGCUCUAAUCGACAGGUUAGUCAGCAUUGAUCAAAGUCUCGACGAUUUGAUCGACGAAAUAAUGGGAUUGGUCGGAUUUUGGAGGUGGGCAAGAGGGAGUGAGGUUCAAGGCGAUUCAAAGCAGUUGAGUACGGUGGAGGUGGCCUGCAUGACGGAAAACGCAGGUGGAAGAAGGGGUGCAGGAGAUGGCCAUGCUUCUCAGUGUCAUCGUGACUUCUCUUUUUGCCCUAUCUCACUUGAUCUCCACACGUUCGUGGACUCAACUCCUGCUGCCCCGCAUCUCCCUCCACCACCACCGCCACCGCCACCACCACCGCCCGCAUUGACCUGGAAAGCCAAUAUUCUUAAUCAAAAGGAGGCUUUAGAAUCGAAGAAGAUUUUUGUAUUACCUCCAAAAGCCAUUCGAAUUUCGGAUAUCGUAAAGGAAUUCAAGUCAGGCGCAUUAAAACUGCGACCAAUGCACACGAUUAGAGGAAGAACAGAACUGUCAGCUUCCGGGGGGUCGAGGGAAGAGGAGAGCGGAGAGAGUGAGAAUACCACUACUGUUGGAGAACCCAGCGUCUCCAGGACAAGGGAUACGACACCGCUGUUAAAUGAAUUUGAUUGGGCACCUGCAGGCAUUCGGCCAACAUCUACUGCGACCAACUCCAUGGCGCAGGUUGGAGUGAAGUGA